GAACAAACUACCUAAGCAGUUUUGCUCAAUUAUUCAAUAUAAAUUAAUUUAAUUAUUUUCAAAUAUUCAACAGCAAAAAACCCGAAAAAUAUAUUUUUAUAAACAUAACAACGUAAUUUGUAAAAUAACUUUAAGAAAUGAAUACCAACGACCAAAAUCAAAACGGAUCAUUAUCCGCUGAAAUCUAUGCACCCUUUAUACCUAUGACACCCAAAUCAUCUGAUGGCGAUUUCAUUAGAGAGCAUCAUCCAUCAACUAAAAACAUAUCAACGAAAAACAUGAUGAAACAAGCCAUUAAAGCUCUAGCCCAGAAUUCUCGCAAAGGUUUUUCGCUGGCGAGUAUACGAAAAUAUAUUAUGGAUAAUUUUCUUCAUACCACAAGCGAUUUAAAACAUCGUAUGCCCUUUAUGAAAAAAAUCUUUAAAACUGCUCUCGAAACCGGUGAAGUAGUUAGUGUUAAAGGUAUUGGUUUAAAUGGUUCAUUUAGAGUUCCAGCUACAAGUCCUUUACAUAAGAAUGCAAAUAAAAAUAAAAGGAAUAAGGAAAGACAAAAGAGAAAGACCGCUAAGAAAGUUAAUAAGAGGUUUAAAGUCAAACAAGGACCAGCUGUUAAGCCUAAGAAAGUAAAAAAGGCUAAACGAACAUUUUCAGCGAAAAUUUAAGUUAUGUUGAAGUUUUCUUUUUGUUUAAUUGUAUUUUAUAAUAAAAUUUUAAUAAAAACAGCGUAUAUAGUGUUGAAUAAACAAUGAAACUAGUAAUAA